AUGAAGCUCCUUUUUCCUAUCUUUGCCAGCCUCAUGCUACAGUACCAGGUGAACACAGAAUACUUUGGCUUAGGAAGAUGUGUAAUGGGUUUUGGGAGAUGCAAAGACCACUGCGCCAUGGAUGAAAAAGAGGUAGAUAAAUGCAAAAAGAAAAAAUGUUGUAUUGGACCAAAAGUGUUUCGACUGAUAAAAAGCUACAUACAAAAUGAAAUGCUCCACACACUUGAAGAGGACUCUCAGGAAGUGCUAAAAAGUACCAAGAAUUUUAGUGUUGUGAUGCAAACAAAAAAUCAUAUUUUAGCUCUUCUGCCCAAAUUCAAAAGUGUCAACCCUUUUGCCAACAUCAACACCAGCGUCAUCCCAAAUGCCACCACUGUGAAGUCUGCCACCACCAACCCCAUGAUCUCAGGAAAGAUAAUACACACUGCUACUUCUACCAAGAGUGACACCAAAAAAAGAAGAGAUUCAGCCACUCACUCCCCACCACCAGCACCACCACCAUAG